AUGAGGAGGUUGCGAGCGAAAUUUCCAUGGCGGAAGCAGCAUCGGACUGGCGACAAUUCACCGGAAAUUCAUCAACAGCAGGAGACAAGCCGCGGCCACGACCCGCCCAGUCCUCCACCGCGUCACGAGACAGACCUCGGGUCACCCUUUCAGAGCACUCUAGGUCCCUCCUUCCCGGACGGAGUUGAAGUUCUGCACGAUUGCCGCGACGCCACGAUUGACAUCUGCUUUGUCCACGGUUUGACUGGCAAUCGGGACAGCACCUGGACCGCUCAUGGGCAGUCCAAGCCCUGGCCCGAGACGCUCCUGCCACCCAAGCUCAGCCGGGCUCGCGUACUCACAUACGGCUACGACGCCUACAUCGUGCGGAAAUCGGUCGCAUCGACAAAUGGGCUAAUCGACCAUGCCACGAACCUCUUGAACGACCUGGCGACCGACAGAGCCUGUUCCAAUGCGUCCUCUCGACCGCUAGUCUUUGUCGCCCACAGCCUAGGCGGCCUCGUCUGCAAGGAAGCCGUUCUUCUCUCCCGAAACAACCCCGAACCACAUCUCCGGGGCAUAUUCGACUGCACCAAGGGCAUCGUAUUCCUGGGCACUCCUCACAGGGGAUCCUGGAUGGCCGACUGGGCCAAGAUACCGGCUUCGGCCCUUGGGAUCGUCAAGUCCAUCAAUAAGUCGUUAUUAAAUAUUUUGGAGACAGACGACAAGUACCUGCAGUCCGUUCAAGAUCGGUUUUGGUCUAUGGUACGGGAACAGCAGAAGGCCGGCCGGGAUCUCGAGGUUACGUGCUUCUUUGAAGAACUGCCCUUGCCUGGUGUCGGAAAAGUCGUCUCCAAAGACUCGGCUACCCUUGAAAGUUACAAUGCGAUCAGCAUCCACGCCAACCAUAGCAACAUGGUCAAGUUUAGCUCCGUGGACGACAACGGAUUCAAAAGACUACUUGGCGAGCUGAUCAGAUGGGAAUCACAAAUCAGGAAUUCAGCUGCCAGUCAACCAACACGAUCUAUAGAAGGAGCACGGAUAAAAAAGCCAGUCAACUCGUCCUUCAACAACUAUGGGCCCGGCGACCAAUUCAACGCUCCCAGCGGUACUCAGAACAUCAGCAAAGGCAUUGGUAACCAAUUCCCUGGGGCUACUUUCUCUGGGACUGUGCAGUUUGGCUAA